AGAAAUGAAACAAAUCCUUAAUUUAUAAUUGUCAAUUUAUAAUUCAAAUUAAUAGAAAUGUUAUUAUGACAACUACUAUUAGUUUAUAAUCAUGAGCACUUUAGCAGACAGAAAAAAUAAACAAAUAUAAAGUAGAAAAAAUGUUAGAUUAAACCUUAGCCUUAUAAUACCCUAUGAUAUUUUUGAAUUUUUAAGAAAAGUUCAAAAGGAUUGGAUAUUCGAGAUUACUAUUUUCUUUCUCUUGAAUAAUAAUUAAAAUGAUAAUAUUUUACAAGAAAAGUAAGCACUGUUAAUAGUAUAGUGA